AUGAGUGAGGAGCAUGAUCCGCUAAUGGCGGGAUUCGAAGAUCAAGGUCAAAGUGAGCAAGACCAUCCAAAUGAGGAAGAAGCCAACAAGGAUAAUAAUGGUGACGAGGGGAAUAAAAGAUCAGGGGAUGCCGCUGCGGAAUCUGCUGCUAGUGCCAAUGAAGGUGGCGCUGCUGACACCAAUGAUAAGCCUGAUGAAACAAUGGGUGAGGAGCCUGAACCUGUGGUACAAUUGGACCCUGCACAAGAGGCACGCCAGAAGGCGCUUAAUGAGUUCAAGAAGAAAUUGCUUGAGCACAGACGAUAUGAUGACUUAUUGAAGCAACGCCGCCAGGAAAUACGGGACUUAACAAAGGCCUUCGACAAAACAGAAAACGAUAUCAAGGCCUUGCAGAGUAUUGGGCAGUUGAUUGGUGAGGUUAUGAAGGAGCUGUCUGAGGAAAAAUAUAUUGUCAAGGCAUCGUCUGGUCCCCGUUACAUUGUUGGUGUAAGGAAUUCUGUAGACCGUGCAAAACUGAAGAAGGGUGUUAGGGUGACCUUGGAUAUAACCACUUUAACUAUAAUGAGAAUCUUACCUCGUGAAACAGAUCCAUUAGUUUACAACAUGACCAGUUUCGAGCAAGGAGAUAUUUCGUUUGAUGGAAUUGGUGGUUUAACAGAGCAGAUAAGAGAAUUGAGAGAAGUUAUAGAGUUGCCUUUGAAAAAUCCUGAAAUAUUUCAAAGGGUGGGUAUUAAAUCACCAAAAGGUGUCUUGCUUUACGGUCCUCCAGGUACAGGUAAAACUUUAUUAGCUAAAGCUGUAGCAGCUACCAUUGGUGCAAAUUUCAUUUUCUCACCAGCUUCUGGUAUCGUUGAUAAAUAUAUUGGUGAAUCUGCAAGAAUUAUUAGAGAAAUGUUUGCAUAUGCAAAGGAGCACGAACCUUGCAUUAUAUUCAUGGAUGAAAUUGAUGCAAUCGGUGGUCGUAGGUUUAGUGAAGGAACAUCCGCAGAUCGUGAAAUUCAACGUACUUUGAUGGAGUUGUUGACGCAAAUGGACGGUUUUGAUAAUUUAGGGCAAACUAAAGUUAUUAUGGCAACCAAUAGGCCUGAUACUCUUGAUCCAGCCCUUCUAAGACCAGGUAGAUUGGAUAGAAAAAUAGAAAUUCCCCUGCCCAAUGAAGCAGGUAGACUGGAAAUUUUCAAAAUUCAUACUGCACAUGUUAAAAAAACUGGAGAUUUUGAUUUUGAAGCCGCUGUCAAGAUGAGUGAUGGAUUUAAUGGUGCAGACAUACGUAAUUGUGUCACUGAAGCGGGAUUUUUCGCAAUUAGGGACGAUCGUGAGCAUAUUAUACCUGAAGACCUGAUGAAGGCUGUCAGAAAAGUGGCAGAAGUUAAAAAGUUGGAAGGUGUUAUUGAAUAUCAAAAACUUUAA